CCUGCCCAUCCGGAACCUUCAAGGCCAACCAAGGGGACGAGGCCUGCACCCACUGCCCCAUCAACAGCCGGACCACUUCAGAAGGGGCCACCAACUGCGUCUGCCGCAACGGCUACUACAGAGCAGACCUGGACCCCCUGGACAUGCCCUGCACGACCAUCCCCUCGGCCCCGCAGGCCGUCAUCUCCAGCGUCAACGAGACCUCGCUCAUGCUGGAGUGGACUCCGCCACGCGACUCCGGCGGCCGCGAGGACCUCGUGUACAACAUCAUCUGCAAGAGCUGCGGCUCAGGCCGGGGCGCCUGCACCCGCUGCGGGGACAACGUGCAGUACGCGCCGCGCCAGCUCGGCCACGAGCCGCGCAUCUACAUCAGCGACCUGCUGGCCCACACCCAGUACACCUUCGAGAUCCAGGCCGUGAACGGCGUCACCGACCAGAGCCCCUUCUCCCCGCAGUUCGCCUCCGUGAACAUCACCACGAACCAAGCAGCUCCAUCAGCCGUCUCCAUCAUGCACCAGGUGAGCCGCACCGUGGACAGCAUCACCUUGUCGUGGUCCCAGCCGGACCAGCCCAACGGCGUGAUCCUGGACUAUGAGCUGCAGUACUAUGAGAAGGAGCUCAGUGAGUUCAACGCCACAGCCAUAAAAAGCCCCACCAACACGGUCACUGUGCAAGGCCUCAAAGCCGGCGCCAUCUAUGUCUUCCAGGUGCGGGCUCGCACCGUGGCAGGCUACGGGCGCUACAGCGGCAAGAUGUACUUCCAGACCAUGACGGAAGCUGAGUACCAGACGAGCAUCCAGGAGAAGCUGCCCCUCAUCAUCGGCUCCUCGGCCGCCGGCCUGGUCUUCCUCAUCGCUGUGGUUGUCAUAGCCAUCGUGUGCAACAGAAGACGGGGGUUUGAACGUGCCGACUCGGAGUACACGGACAAGCUGCAGCACUACACCAGCGGCCACAUGACCCCAGGCAUGAAGAUCUACAUCGACCCUUUCACUUACGAGGACCCCAACGAGGCAGUGCGGGAAUUCGCCAAGGAAAUCGACAUCUCCUGUGUCAAAAUUGAGCAGGUGAUCGGAGCAGGGGAAUUUGGCGAGGUCUGCAGUGGCCACCUGAAGCUGCCAGGCAAGAGAGAGAUCUUUGUGGCCAUCAAGACGCUCAAGUCCGGCUAUACAGAGAAGCAGCGCCGGGACUUCCUGAGCGAGGCCUCCAUCAUGGGCCAGUUCGACCACCCCAACGUCAUCCACCUGGAGGGCGUCGUCACCAAGAGCACACCCGUGAUGAUCAUCACUGAGUUCAUGGAGAACGGCUCGCUGGACUCCUUCCUCCGGCAAAACGACGGGCAGUUCACGGUCAUCCAGCUGGUGGGCAUGCUGCGGGGCAUCGCGGCCGGCAUGAAGUACCUGGCCGACAUGAACUACGUGCACCGCGACCUGGCCGCCCGCAACAUCCUGGUCAACAGCAACCUGGUGUGCAAGGUCUCUGACUUCGGCCUCUCCCGCUUCCUGGAGGACGACACGUCGGACCCCACCUAUACCAGCGCCCUGGGAGGCAGAAUCCCGAUCCGCUGGACGGCCCCGGAAGCCAUCCAAUACCGGAAGUUCACCUCAGCCAGCGACGUGUGGAGCUACGGUAUCGUCAUGUGGGAGGUGAUGUCCUAUGGGGAGCGGCCCUACUGGGACAUGACCAAUCAGGACGUGAUCAAUGCCAUCGAGCAGGACUACCGGCUGCCGCCGCCCAUGGACUGCCCGAGCGCCCUGCACCAGCUCAUGCUGGACUGCUGGCAGAAGGACCGUAACCACCGGCCCAAGUUCGGCCAGAUCGUCAACAGUGGCAAGAUGAUCCGCAACCCCAACAGCCUCAAAGCCAUGGCACCCCUCUCCUCCGGGAUCAACCUGCCGCUGCUGGACCGCACGGUCCCCGACUACAGCAGCUUUAACACGGUGGACGAGUGGCUGGAGGCCAUCAAGAUGGGGCAGUACAAGGAGAGCUUCGCCAACGCCGGCUUCACCUCCUUCGAUGUCGUGUCGCAGAUGAUGAUGGAGGACAUUCUCCGGGUGGGGGUCACGCUUGCUGGCCACCAGAAAAAAAUCCUCAACAGCAUCCAGGUGAUGCGGGCCCAGAUGAACCAAAUUCAGUCUGUGGAGGUCUGACGGUCACCACCUCGGCGCACCUGUUCCUCCAGGCCCCGCCCCCUCCACCCCACACGCCGCCGGCCCCCCUGGCGCUCCGUCCACUGCAGGGUCCGCCACCUGCCAGGAGGCCGCCGGCAACGGGAAGGACCAAGCAGCGCUGCAGCCACGAGACGUCCCCGAGAACACGCGCGACUCGGACGAUGGAAAUAAGGGAAUCGGAAAAAAAAAAUUAAAAGGAAAUAGGUCCUGGAGGGGCGGGACACGCAAGGACUAUUUUUAAAGCGGAUUCUCAUCA